GAAACCUAAAGAAAGAAAAGAACCCAAAAGCCCUCCUGGACAGACCUUAACCUCGACACCCACCCACCCUACUCUACCCAAGUUAACCCCUACUCAAAACCAAACUUCCUUCUUCUUCUUCUUCUUCUUCUUUGUUAAAUCAGAUCUCUCUUACACUUCACUUCUUAUAUAAUUGGCUGGCUAGCCACCUAUACAGCUCUCUCAAUUUUCCCAUUUCCUUACCCUACCUCUUCUAAUUAAUUAGUUUUUACUAUUUCUAUCAUUUCCUUAAGUAGAAAACAUCCUCCUACAGAUAUGCGGCUCUUUCUUGUUCAAGCUUACUGAAAUAUAUAAUCACAUCACUUCUAGUUGCUUGGUUUGGCUAAUUUUAUUUUAUUUUUUAUAUUAGCUUAUUUCUUCCCUGCUUCGAGAAUCGAGAGUGAACCCAAAAUCAGCCUCUUCUAUUCUACUUGUAUUUGUAUAACUAUAAGAGUCAAAAAUUGUUCAUCACCUUAAUUAACCAUGUAUAUAUAUGAUCGUUAAGAUCUAAGAGAUUUAAAUUUAUAUAUACAUCGAUCCGUGCUAGUCUUUUUCAUUUUUCUGGAUCGACCAUGGCGAACCGAUGGUGGGCUGGACAGGUAGGUCUACCAGGAGGAGUGAAUGAAACCUCAGCAGCCGCCACCAACUCUCCAAUGAAAAACAUCAUUAAACCAGAUCUGGGAAUCUCAAUGAACAACAACACCGGAACCAGCAGCCUCGGAGGAUCAGGCGGCGACGACGAUGACGACAGAGACAACAACAGCGACGAUCCCAAAGAGGGCGCAAUCGAAGUCGCCACCAGACGCCCGAGGGGCCGUCCCCCGGGCUCCAAGAACAAGCCCAAGCCACCCAUCUUCGUGACCAGGGACAGCCCUAACGCCCUCCGCAGCCACGUCAUGGAGAUAUCCAACGGAGCCGACAUCGCCGACAGCGUCGCCCGGUUUGCCAGAACAAGACAGCGUGGUGUCUGCGUCCUGAGCGGAAGCGGCACCGUCACCAACGUUACAAUCAGGCAGACCUCCCCGGCAGGGUCGGUCAUGGCGCUUCACGGAAGGUUCGAGAUUCUCUCGUUGACCGGGGCGUUUUUGCCCGGACCGGCACCGCCCGGGUCAACUGGAAUGACUAUAUACUUGGCGGGCGUGCAGGGACAGGUUGUUGGGGGCAGCGUGGUGGGCCCGCUUGUGGCGUCGGGGCCGGUGAUGGUGAUCGCAGCCACGUUUUCAAAUGCGACGUAUGAGAGAUUGCCGUUGGAGGAGGAAGAAGAGGUGGGUGGUAAUAAUUCGGGGCAGGCGGCGGGAGGAGCGGGGUCCCCACCGGGGAUUGGUGGUAGCGGAGGAGGGAUGGGGGACCCGUCGAUGGGGGUGGGGGUUUACAACUUGCAGCCGAAUAUGCUUCCGAAUGGAGGAGGACAGGCACUGAGCCAUGAUCAAGGGGCGGCUUAUUCAUCUUGGGCGCAUGGUCAAGGUGGUGGUAGGCCUCCAUUUUAAUUAGUUAGUUAAUUAAUCAAUCAAUUUAGGGAUAUGGAUUAUUGUGAAUUAGUUAUGAAUAAUAUAUAUACUGAGAAUGAGUAAUUAGCAGUUGUAGUAGUAGUGUUUGGAAUUAACUUGAAUUUGAGAGAAACUUUGAAUGAAUGA